AUGAGAAUCUUUGCCAAGGUCUUUGCCUUCCUCCUUUCGGCUGGCUUCGUCUUCGGUGCCCCGAUGGGAGCCAGCUCUGGCGGUAUCCUCGACCUCAUCCUGGACAACACCCUCGGCCCUCUGAUUGCCCCCAUCACGGGUCUGGAGUGUGGCAUCCAGGCCAUCACGGCGGUUGCCACUGUCUGCGAGCAAUGCAAGUUCAACCCCUUCGACGUUGCUGGUGUGAUCAUCCAGGUCGUCACCACCCUGGACUUUUCCGAAGACAGCAUCAAGAGCAUUGAAGGCAAGAUCAACAAGAUCAUCCUCGGCUUCACCAACGAGCUGUGUGCUGACCCCAACUGCUACAAGACUCUCGAGGCCCAAGCCCUCGCUGUCUAUGACAAGUGCUCCAAGCUGGUCGAGGAGUUUGUCCCCGAGAUUGUCGGUAUCGAUGACGCUGUCUUCAAGUCCCUCCUGCCCACUCUCUUGCUGCCCGAUCACAACCCCCUCUGCAUCAAGGAUCCCUCCACCAACUGCUAUUGCGGCAUCGAAAUCCUCGAGAACUUUGAAAAGGUCAUGCUGCCUUCCUACUGGCAGGGCACCUUUGACCCCAACCAGCUCUCGAUCUGCUCUAGCUGCUUCGACUCUGCCAUCCUCUCGCUCGGCAACAGCACCCUCACCCAAAACUUCAACAACAAGUGCCCCAACGUCGUCCCCAUCCCUAUCUAA